CUGGAGCUCUCCAUAGCGACCUUUAAGAGGGACUUGAGGAUAGACUACCCCCGCCAGCUGAUUCAGUCCGGUAUUGGAGCGAGAGUUACCGGCUUUCACUCAGUCCACGCUCGUCAUGACGGAGGGUUCGUUGCAGGAAGCCGGGUCUACCUCGGAACAGGGGUCGAAGGAGGAGGUACGUCUGCCUCAAGAAGAACAAGAGGUAGAGAAACCUACCAUCCUAGAGGAAUCAACAUCAAUGAAAGAUAUCCCAGUGGAACAGAAACUGGAAGAGCUCAAAAAAGAGGAGGUUAUCACUUCGGAGGAAUCCAAAACGGAAGAGUUCGAGACUAAGGAGGUUGUAGAAGAAACACCAAUAGACAGAAAAGAAGAAAAAAACAUCGAAGAAAAGGCGGAACUAGAGGCCGUGGAAGUGUUGAAAUCUAAUGGAAAUAUACCUAAGAUGGAAGUGCACUUGACUGAAUCGGAUAAGGCAAAUAAACCACAAGUUCCUACUCCCGAUGGUGAUUUACAAGAGGUCCCUCUACAUACCCAGGCGGAUACGCAGAUCACGAUAAGUCCAGAAAAUCCGGAUCCUGAAAAUCCUAAGGAAAAUGGAAAAGUUGAUGCGACUGUACCUACACCUGCAACAUCUGAACCGAAAGAAAAGAUAUCAUGCGUGCAAGUCCUCAACGCCAUGGUAUUCUUGGCAUUCAUGGUGAACUACAUGUUGCGUGUCAACCUCACCAUAGCCAUUGUCGACAUGAUACAGAUCAAUGAAACAACCGAUAACUCUACUACUAUUGAUGAGCCAAAAUUUUCAUGGAAUACAUACCAGAAGAAUCUCAUCCUUGGAUGCUUUUUCUGGGGUUAUGUUUUAACAGAGUUGCCUGGAGGGAGAAUGUCGGAAGUGUUUGGGCCAAGAAGGGUAUAUGGAUAUAGUAUGCUCAUUGCAUCACUGGUCACUUUUUUUACUCCAUAUGCAGCACUAAAUUUUGACUACAUGGGUGUUAUAGUGCUGAGGGUUAUCGUUGGAUUCAUGUUGGGUGUAACAUUCCCUGCUAUGCAGCCCAUUGCUUCCAAAUGGAUCCCUCCGAAAGAUAGAACGAAGUUUGUGUCCAAUAUGAUGGCUUCAUCACUUGGUGCUGCUGUCACAUUACCUGUUUGCGGGUAUUUAAUCAGUUCCUACGGUUGGCAAUCAGUCUUCUAUGUUACUGGAGUUCUUGGAACAAUUUUAGCAGUUUCAUGGUUUCUGUUUGUUUACGACACUCCUUCUCAACACCCUCGAAUCACCAGAGAAGAAAGAGAAUAUCUAGAAAAAGAAAUUGGAGCUUCAAGUAAAGUUCGCAAAGCACCAAAAGUACCUUGGGGUGCAUUAUUAACAUCAAUGCCUGUUUGGGCCAUUGUCGUUACUCAUGCAUGUAGUGUCUUCUGCUACUUCACAUUUUUAAACCAAAUGCCGACAUAUAUGAAGCGUGUUCUUGGAACAGAUAUCAAGAAGAAUGGUAUCCUCUCAAGUUUUCCAUACAUCGGCAAAUAUGCCAUGGCUCUCAUAACUAGUUACAUCGCCGACUAUAUCAGAGCAAGAGGAAAAUUAUCUACAACUCUCGUCAGGAAAUGUUUUACUACUUUUGCUGUUGGUCUUCCUGGCCUGUUAAUGGUGGCUCAAGUUUACCUUGGAGAUAGUACGUUCUGGACUGUAUCGAUAUUCACAUUUGCCCUAACACUUAAUGGAGCAGUCACAGCUGGUUAUCUUGGAAAUGGUCUUGACAUUGCCCCCAACUAUUCAGGUACCAUCUUUGGAAUCGCAAACACCUUUUCUUCAAUGGGAGGUUUCCUAUCAACCUAUGUUGUAGCAGAUAUAACAUUCCAAAAUGAAACAUAUGAGAGGUUCCAGAUAGUUUUUUGGAUACUAGCAGUUACUUACUUCUUUGGGUGCCUAAUGUACUUAUUAUUUGGAACUGGUGAACUACUGGAAUGGAACAGUGUUGAAGAAAACAAAACACGAGAUGUAGAAAUGAUUGAAAAACAGCCUCUUAAAAAUGACACAAUUAAUGAAAAACUGUGAUGAAAUAACUCAUUAGGAUAAAAACUGUGCCAAUGAACAUGGCAUAUUUCAUUUUAAACUUUCAUAUUUUCAGUGAUUUAAACUAUUAUAUACAUUCCAAACAUUAGAAGAUUAGAAGUGCAUACCAUGAAUUUAUUUUAUUUUAAAUUUCUCCAUGGUAGGUCUGCUAAAUAUUUAUGAUUGAUUCCUUUUAAGUUUGUUUUAAAACAAAUUAUAAUAUAAAUAAGUAGUUAAAACUUCUUAAAUAAUUAUAUUUUUGAAUUUAAAAUAAUUAUAAUUGAAGGAAUAACGAACUUGAAAAUAAUUCAGGGGUUUAUCGAAGUGCCUAAUGAAAGCACACAUGUAUAUUUCCAUAAUUAGUUUUUAAACUAAAGAUGUAUGCCUAUAAGAAUAUUACUUAUACCGCUUAACUGUUAGAUAUUUUUAUACUUGUAAAUUUAUUAAAAUAAAUUUUAAUUAUGUAUUUAUAUUUAUAGCCAUUCGAUUAAAUUUAGCUAUUGUUAAUAUGUUAUGAAUCAGGAGUUUAAUUGUAUACCUUUAACAAAUUUUACUUCAUUCAUUAA